CACUUGCUUAUACUGCAAACCUGCGGCGUGGACACGAGGGAAAGCUUAAAUCUCGCUCACACUUUUUCUCCCUCGGUUAUUUGUUAUAACGAGUAGCUUCUCAACCACGUCUGCGCCGUCUUACUAAAAGUCUGCUUAUAGGUUAAUAUGGCAAAAAUCCUCCAAGCUGUCAGCGUUGUGAAAUCUUUGAGACAAGGAUGCGUGUUAGGCAGAAAAGUGGGGAUCGCGGGCUGCCUGAGACUUCACACUGCAAAACUUUUUAGUGUCAAGGCCCAGACAGCCCACCUGGUCUUGGAGGAUGGCACCAGGAUGAAAGGGAUUUCUUUUGGGCAUGAUGCCUCUGUAGCUGGAGAGCUGGUCUUCAAUACUGGUCUUGUGGGGUAUCCCGAGGCCCUGACUGACCCAAGUUAUAGAGGUCAAAUACUGACGCUGACAUAUCCUAUUGUAGGGAACUAUGGUGUGCCGAAUACAGAGGAACUGGAUGAGCUAGGCCUGAGAAAACAUGUAGAGUCAGAACGCAUUCAAGUAUCUGGUCUACUGGUUCAAGACUACAGCCACGAGUACAGCCACUGGAACUCUGUCAAGUCUCUGGGUCAAUGGCUGCAAGAACAGAAGGUUCCUGCACUGUUUGGGAUAGACACCAGGAUGCUGACCAAAGUCAUCAGAGAUAAGGGAACAGUUUUGGGGAAGAUUGAAUUUGAUGGUCAGCCUGUUGACAUAACUGACCCCAAUCAGAAAAACUUAGUAGCAGAAGUUUCAACCAAGGAAGUCCGAGUUUUUGGAAAAGGCAACCCAAUUAAAGUGGUGGCUGUCGACUGUGGCAUUAAACACAACAUAAUCCGACUGCUGGUUAAGCGAGGUGCAGAAGUCCACCUAGUGCCGUGGGACCAGGACUUGCUUAGUCUAGACUAUGAUGGCCUGUUCAUAUCUAAUGGACCAGGAGACCCAUCUCUGGCCAAGACACUCAUCAAUAACGUGCACAAGGUGCUGGAGAGCGAUCGUCCCCAGCCAGUAUUUGGGAUCUGUAUGGGCAAUCAGAUCACUGCCCUGGCUGCAGGAGCCAAGUCAUACAAACUACCUAUGGGCAACAGAGGCCAGAACCAGCCGGUGUUGAAUGUGAUGACGGGCCAGGCCUUCAUUACCGCACAGAACCACGGUUAUGGCAUAGACAGCGAGUCCCUGCCCCCAGGGUGGGGCCCGCUUUUCAUCAACGCAAAUGAUGGCACCAAUGAGGGGAUCAUGCACAGCACUAAACCUGUUUUUACAGCCCAGUUUCACCCUGAGGCUAAGGGCGGUCCCACGGACACAGAGUUUCUCUUUGAUGUCUUUUUGUCCCUGAUCAAAAAAGGAAAGAAUAUCAGCAUAGCGUCAGUCAUGCCCAUAAAACCCAGCAUCCCUCCCAGGGCCCAGGUUUCAAAGGUGCUUGUACUGGGUUCUGGUGGCCUCUCUAUUGGUCAGGCUGGUGAGUUUGACUACUCUGGAUCUCAAGCCAUCAAGGCCAUGAAGGAGGAAAACCUGAAGACGGUGCUCAUGAAUCCAAACAUAGCCUCCGUUCAGACCAAUGAAGUGGGCUCCAAGCAGGCUGACUCAGUCUACUUCCUGCCUGUCACGCCAGAAUUUGUAACUGAGGUCAUCAAGACCGAGCGUCCAGACGGCAUCCUGCUCUCGAUGGGUGGACAAACUGCACUCAACUGUGGGGUAGAAUUAUUCCAGCGUGGGAUCUUGGACCAGUAUGGGGUGAAAGUCCUUGGAACCCCUGUGGAGUCCAUAAUGGCGACAGAGGACAGGCAGCUUUUUGCUGACAAACUAAUGGAGAUCAAUGAGAAAAUUGCACCUAGCAUUGCUGUUGAGUCGGUGUCUGAUGCAUUACGAGCAGCAGAGCAGAUAAGCUACCCGGUGAUGUUGCGAUCGGCCUACGCUCUGGGGGGUCUAGGCUCUGGUCUGUGUGCCAAUAAAGAAAAGCUGGAGGAAACUGCCCAGAAGGCUCUGGCCAUGAGCAAUCAAAUCCUCGUGGAAAAGUCUUUGCUUGGCUGGAAAGAGGUGGAAUACGAGGUGGUACGAGACGUUGCUGAUAACUGUGUCACCGUCUGCAACAUGGAGAACUUCGAUCCACUGGGUAUCCACACAGAUCUUUACCCCUUGGCAUUUGUGGCUGCUAAGCUGGCUCUGGGAAUCCCCCUGCCUGAGAUCAAGAAUGCUGUAUCAGAGAAGACCACAGCCUGCUUUGAGCCCAGUUUAGACUACAUCGUCACCAAGAUUCCUCGCUGGGACCUCGACCGCUUUCACGGCAUGUCUCGUGAAAUAGGCAGUGCCAUGAAGAGUGUAGGAGAGGUGAUGGCAAUAGGCCGUACGUUUGAGGAGAGUAUGCAGAAGGCCUUAAGGAUGUGUCAUCCAUCAGUAGAUGGCUUUGUGCCCCGGCUGCCACUCAAGAAGCCGUGGUCCGACACCCACGAUCUAGAACAGGAGCUGGCUGUGCCCUCCAGCACCCGCAUCUUCUCCCUCGCUAAGGCCCUCUACAGUGGCAUGAUGAGUGUUGAUCAGAUCCACCAGCUGACAGCCAUAGACAAGUGGUUCCUCCACAAACUUCAUGGAAUAACAAAAGUGGAGCAACAUCUUGCAAACUACAACAGUGGCACAGUCCCCAAGGGGAUGUUGCUAAAGGCCAAGCAGGACGGCUUCUCAGACCGGCAGGUUGGUCAGAUUCUAGGCUGCAAUGAGGGAGUAGCAAGAGAGCUGAGGCUCAAUUAUGGCAUCAGACCUUGGGUCAAACAGAUUGACACUUUGGCUGCAGAGUACCCAGCAAUGACCAACUACCUGUAUUGUACUUACCACGGUCAGGAGCACGAUCUGGACUUUAAAGACCAGGGAAUUAUGGUUCUUGGUUGUGGACCCUACCACAUAGGCAGCAGUGUUGAGUUUGACUGGUGUGCGGUGUCCAGCAUCAGAGCCUUGAGACAAAUGGGCAAGAAGACGGUUGUAGUAAACCACAACCCAGAGACGGUCAGCACAGACUUCGAUGAGUGUGAUCGCCUUUACUUUGAAGAACUGACCCUGGAACGCAUUCUGGAUAUCACCCAGCAGGAGGGUUGCUCUGGCUGCAUUGUAUCAGUGGGAGGUCAGAUUCCUAACAACCUAGCCGUCCCCUUGCACAUGAGUGGGGUGAAGAUUCUCGGGACGAGCCCCCUGCAGAUCGACCGAGCUGAAGAGCGCUCAGUCUUCUCCAGUAUCCUGGAUGACCUCGAGGUUGCCCAAGCCCCAUGGAGGGCCCUGAGCUCCCUGGAAGACGCGUUUGCCUUCGCUAACCAGGUGGGGUAUCCCUGUCUGCUGAGGCCCUCCUAUGUUCUGAGUGGCUCUGCUAUGAACGUUGUGUACGGUGAAGAGGAGAUGAAACGCUUCUUGGAAGAGGCUGCACACGUGUCCCAGGAGCAUCCAGUUGUCAUCACCAAAUUCAUACGUGGUGCCAGGGAGGUGGAGGUAGAUGCUGUGGCCAAGAAUGGCAAGGUUUUGGUUCAUGCCAUAACAGAGCAUGUGGAAGAUGCCGGGGUGCACUCUGGAGAUGCUACCCUAAUGCUGCCAACCCAGACCAUUAGCCAAGGGGCACAGGAAAAGGUUAAAAUUGCCACCCGAAAAAUCGCGCACGCAUUUGAAAUUUCUGGGCCAUUUAACACUCAAUUUCUGGUUAAAGGCAAUGAUGUCAUGGUGAUCGAAUGCAAUCUGCGAGCGUCACGCUCCUUCCCUUUUGUAUCCAAAACAAUUGGUGUCGACUUUAUCAACGUGGCAACCAAAGUGAUGGUGGGAGAGCCUUUGGAUGAGGCCAGCCUUCCCUCGCUCGAGAAACCCAUCAUUCCCGUGCACUACGUCGGAAUCAAAGCACCCAUGUUCUCCUGGCCACGACUGAGAGAUGCAGAUCCUGUGCUUCGCUGUGAGAUGGCUUCCACUGGAGAAGUAGCUUGUUUUGGACCAAACAUUUACUCAGCCUUCCUAAAAGCUAUGCUGUCAACAGGCUUUAAGUUGCCUCAGAAGGGCAUCCUGAUUGGGAUUCAGCAUUCGUUCCGACCCAGUUUCCUGGCUACAGCAAACCAGCUGAAAGAGGAAGGCUUCAAGCUCUAUGCUACUGAAGCCACUUCCGCUUGGUUGUGUGCCAAUGACGUUCCUGCCAUUCCAGUAGCUUGGCCCACUGGGAUGGGUGGAGACAACAGCUUGCCCAGUAUUAAGAGACUGAUCAGUGAGGGUCAUAUUGACCUGGUGGUCAACUUGCCCAAUAACAAUACUCGCCACGUGAAGGAUAACUUCCUCAUCCGUAGAAUGGCCAUUGACCAUGGAGUCCCACUCAUUACCAAUUUUCAGGUGGUAAAGCUAUUUGCUGAGGCUAUCCACUAUGCAGCUCAGCUGGACACUACUAGUCUAUUCCACUACCGGCAGAAAGAAAGCCAACAAAAAGGGUCUGGCCAGCAGGGUUAGAAUUUCCUCUCCAGUCCUGUUGCCAAACAGCAAUAUUUUUGUACUAUUUUCUUAUAACACUUGGAGCUUUCCACAUUAAUGGGGAAAUAAGCCCAUUUUAAACUAGAAUUCUCCUAAAGUCAGGGCUUUUACAAUAAUUAAACUCUGCCUUUUCCCAAAAGGUCAGACGGGUCAUUAGAAUAAAUGUCCCGAACUAGGAAAGAGAUGAGUGUUGUACUGGAUUAGGAUAAACAUCAGCCAUCGAGUUUCUUCAUAACCUGGCAAUCCAAAAACUGUUAAUAUUAAUAGCUAGCAAGCUAAAAAGCAUUAUAGAACUAAUUACUAAUAAUUAGAGCCCUUUUGUUGGAGCGCAAAACCAAUUCUAAAGGGUGACUUAUAAAGGGGUACCAGAGAAGGUAAUUACACUGGAUUUUCAAUUAUGUAAAUCCCUAAGGAGAGUUUAUGUUCUUUUGUUGUUUCAUUUAUGGCUCUCGCUGGAUGUAAUGAAAUGAAAAUUUUCAAUUUCUCAGCUCCCCUCAGUAAAUUUUAAUGCUACUGGCUUGGCCAAAAGACUUUACUAAUUUGCUCUUGUUGAGGCAUUUUAUUGUAGUUUGGAUGGUGCUAAAGAUGUAUGUAAAGCAUGUACUAUAUCCAUAACUUUUAACAUAAGUGUAGAUAAACAAACUGAAAUAAUAGACUUUCCCCCAUUUUGGUAAUAAAUCACUGUUAUUUUCAAGUGCAUCGGUCUGGAACACAAACUUUGAAGUUUGAAGAUGAUAGCAACCUCUGUUUAUAUAUUUGGAUUGAUCUCUGUAUAUACCAUAUGUUUCAAAUUCAGUCUGCAUGUGAACCUGCUGUGCAUUUUAAUGCAUCAAAGUGAAAAACGCAUUCAACCAGACGUUGUGUUGAAAUAAUAGUCUCAUAUUUUGUUACGUGCUUUUGGUAAUAGUUGUUUUAACAAUCAGUGACACACAAUAAAGACUUAUUUCACAUAA